AUGACACCCCGCCACUACGCGACUGUACUCAUUACGCUCACUGUAUUGCUGUGUACUACGAAUGGAAUCGUUAAGCUGAGGCGACAAGACACGCUUGGGAAGACGAAGCUUAUAAAGGAAGCCAAAUUCUCCAACAUCUCCCUGCCGUCGUCAAAUGGAACGGCUCGGAAUAGCUACAUGGGCGUCAGUCUGCUCCUCGUUGGGGAUUACGCCCUCUACAGGAAUUUUGUAGACAUUGCUGGGGACGAGGACGGGGGGCUACGGUAUGCUACGGAGUAUUUGACCGCCAUCUUCGAGCAGGUCCGCGCAAUCUAUGACGACAUGGAAUUCUCGUUCGGGAAACUUCAUUUACAGCUAGCCGGUACUUUUGUAGCCAUUCGUCCUGCAGAUUGUCCAUUACUACAGCCUGACGAUCAAGCCCCGAUCGAAAUGGACGGGAAUAUCACAUUGGAGGAUUUGGAUGGGGAUGACGAGGGAAGCCUGCUCCAACAAUACAAAGGUCCCGAGGCGCUGUCAAAGAUUUUUGGAUGGAAGAAGCGGCACGAGGAUUUGUUGCCAGUUCACGAUCACACGAUGCUGUUGACAAAACUCGACCUCCUCUCCUGGUCCGGCUCGGAUUCCUCUCAAGGGAUGGCACCACUUGCCGCGCUUUGCAAAGGAGAGGAAUCUUCCUCGGUCGUUGAGGACGUCGGAGCGAUGGCUACGGCUAUUAUAGCUGCUCAUGAAUUGGGACACAACCUCGGCGCUUCCCACGAUCACCCGAAUCUAACGGAGGAAUGCCAUCAGCAUCAUACAUUUCUGAUGGCACCUUCAGUCUCCGUCAAGGUCGACGACGAGCGCUUCUUCAAUGUACGCAGGCUAAGCCCUUGUAGCCGGAGCGACGUCGAGGAAUAUCUGAGCCGUCCAGAGGCCUUCUGCGUCCGGAAGAAAAGCAGAAGACGCGUCUCCGCCCCAAACCCACUGACGGACUCAUUUCCGGGGGAGCGCUGGAGCGCCUCCCUACAGUGCCAGCUGGCGUUUGGCAAGGGUUAUGGGCUGUGCACGAAGCCCGAGUACAAAGAUCUGGGCGGCGAUCCUUGCCGGCGAGUCUGGUGUAAAGACCGUCAACAGGACUGGGACGGACCGUGCGAGACGUUGCCCUUCUUCCCGGCGUUGGAUGGGACACAGUGUGGCAUGAAUAGGUGGUGCCAGAAGGGACACUGUAUCGACAAUGCGAAGAAAAUGCUGGCGUGCAAAGAUCUGAAUGCCGACCUAUGCCGAAAAUAUUCAAAAUCAAAGCUGCGGCACUACUGCAACGCGAAGGAUUUCUCGGAGAUUUGCUGUCUCACUUGUCACAAAGCGAAAAAGGAGAUUUCCCUGGAGAGAUUACGCCCGCAGGGACCCGUUCCUCCAAAUGGACCGGAAAUAUCGGACCGGCGGGAGGACAGCGGGCAUUCAUACUCGGCCUCGGCGCUCGACCUCUGCAAGUACUACGAGCUCGUUGGCAAGCUCCACGAGCACCCGGAAUGCCUAAGGGGAGCCCCGCCGGACGUUCUGGAGAAAAUCUUCCCGUCCACCGAGGCACCACGACCAGAGCCGGUGACGAGGCCGAUUCUCGGAUUUUGCCCGAGCUCUGCUGCCCUAAUCCAGUGCACUGGUGAUCUGCAGGCCUGCCCCCUUUCCGGGCAGAUCUGCGUGCAAAGCGACGGCAACAAGUGCUGCCAGAUUGUCACUUCUGGAAUCCCCGCCUCUGAGAUCAACGCAAAAUCCGGAAGUUGCCCCCGUCCCCUUGGAAUCUCAGUUCUACAGGAUACGACGAUUGGCUGCUGGCUGGACGCCAACUGCCCUGGAAUCCAGAAGUGUUGCGUCGAGCCGAAUCCGGUGACAAAUUCGGCGACGCGAAUUUGCCGAGACCCGGUCGGCAUUAGCAGCAGUUCCAUCUGCAAUCAACCCCUCGCCGUCGGCUCGUGCACCGCGCCCACCGUCCGCUACUACUACGACGCCGGGGCGGGAAGAUGCACCCAAUUCAUGUACUCUGGCUGUGGAGGAAAUGCGAACAACUUCCAGUCGUUGGCAAGCUGCCAGGCGACCUGUGGGAGUAGCGGUAUAACCGGCACGCCGAGCUGCCCGGCUGACGCGAACACCGGGCUGAACUGCCUGUUCGCCCACGCGGACGCGUGCAACACGGACUCGGACUGCCUGGGACGCGAGAACACGCAGCAGCCGUCGUGCUGCAUGACGACUUGUGGAUACAAGAUCUGCUACCAGUAU